AGAAUACGAGAAGAUGUGCUGGUCAGAGCUACCAGCUGUCCUACUGGAGGAGGAGUACUCCAAACUGACAUACAAACAGCGCUACUAUUGCUCCAUGGUCUGUCGCCCUUGGUAUGACCUCUUUUAUUCAUCUAAAGUAUGGGAGCAUUUUGUAAUGGGAGAGAGAACCCUCACAAGAAGACGCAUGCGCCCAUAUCGCAAUUCCUACAUGUACACCCUCAGCCAGUACAAAGCCAAGAUGUGUUUGGAUAGAGUUGGGGAAUUUUUCAAAAAGAUAAUUAUCAAACCCAUAUCAGACUAUUACAAUUUGUAUGCCUUCAUGACAGUGUUGUCAGCAUUUUUAGAGUUCUAUGAGGAGUAUCCUAUGCCAUUUCUUCAUGGAUUUAUGCAGAUGUUCAUGUCUUUACAGAAGCUCAUCAUCAGUCCACAGCACCUGAGUAGUGAUGUGAUAGCCAUGCUGGCCAGCACUUCUCUGACAGACAUUCACAUUGUGCAAGACAGGCAUACAGAUGGCGUGGCCCCCAUUAACAGCCAGACUUGGUUCGAAGUCAAGCAGAUGUCUCCUCACCUGCAAGUGCGACUUGAGGCACGUGGAGGGACGAGGGAGGAAAUCCUUUUCCAGCCUCGUGCACCGGUGACCUCCAUUGUGUAUGAUUCACCAUAUCUGAAAAUGACCCCAGAGGCAGUCAUGAUGAUCACAGACCAUUACCGAAAAACAUUGAGGUUAUAUGCCCAGAAGGGGUUUCCCAGAACUCAUGGCUCCAGAUCCUUCCACGAACGCUGCGAUGGCCUGGUGCUGAUGCUGGUCAGACAGUGCCCUGAACUGAGGGUGCUCAUAAUACGGGAGAGGAUCUCAUCCAUGACGCUGCUCCUAGUGGCUUCACAGGCCAAGAAGUUGCAAAAGUUUUAUGUCCGGCACAAUGCAGUUCUCAAGAAAACUGAUUGGCCGAAAACUCUUGAAUGGUCUGACGAGUAUUAUGCCGAUUUGAAAAAGAAAACUCAGUCAUAUGAACUGUUGCAGAAGGAAAUUUCCAGGUGCAUGGGAUAUCCUUGGAAACAUCUUACUGAUAAGGAGUUUGAAAAGUUGAAGAUUUAAGACAGCAGCAUUUGUUGAAAUUUGCCUCAAGAGGAUUGUUGAAUGCAAUGGAUACAUAGUCAUGUUAUUGCGCACACAUUUAAAAUGAAACACUUGUCAUAUGUCUUCCUGCUCACAGUUUCUCAAAAUACAGUUCUAUGCCAAUUUUGCAGUAUUUCCAGUGGCAAGAGAAAGUUUGAUGAUAUAUGGGUCACUUUGUGAGAUAUACUUGAUUUUACUUGGAAAGUAUUCUCAUCAGUUUCGUAUGAUAAUUGGUGAUUAUGAUUUACCACAAUUAUACAAGUUUUUGUGUUUGUUUUUAUGUUUUUAUAUGAGCACCCAAUUUUUUAUAUCUAAAAUAUUCAAAACUUGUGCCAUAAUGUGUUCAAUCUCUUUGGGCCAUUGGAGUAUUUUUGUCUGAAUAUUAUUAUCUGUAUUAAGUACUAUAUUUACUUUCAUUGACC